UCAUGGUGGGAACAGUAGAAUAGACCUAAAAGAAUCGCGUUUUGAAACUCACUGAGUCCCAAAUUCCGAAACCCUAACGCAAACACAGUAAUUGUUCGCAAUCGGUGAAAAUGAGUAUUCGGAGGUUGAGUGGGGAAGAAUCACUAGCACUUUACUCUUUGCUCAAAGCAGAACAGCGUCCACUCCAUGAGAUCCUCGCUGAAUUCAACUCCGCAAUCACUACCACUCGCCAUUUCACUCUCUGUUCCUAUCUUCUCAUGCUCUUACAGGACAAUAAGGUACUCAACACCACUGAGCGAUUAAUAGCUUUUGCUCUGCUAGUUGAGGCUUAUUCAUCCCAGAAACCCGCUUCAAAUCCCUUCAUAAGCUUUAUCAUAGAUGCUUCCUGUCAUGAAGGGUCAGAAAAAGUUGAGAGAGCAUUUAUUCUACAGCUAGUAGGUGUUGAUAGCUCCAACAGCAGCAAAGAGUUUCUUAAACAGUCGGCAUCAGAUUAUGUGAAAGGUUUUGAUCAGUCAUUGCAUGAUUUCCCUCCACUAGAUCAGUUACAGAAGCAGUUUUCUGAUAAAGUUCAUCAAGAACCAUAUCAUUGCUUAUUUAAGGAUGAUUCUGUAAAAAAUGUUGUCCCAGAUCCUGAUGUCCCUCCAAGUUGUGAUGCAGAUUCACUAGAAUUUGAUUUGCGACCUGGAACAAAACCCAAACUUGGCACUGGAGAUAAAGAUGAGGCAGUAGUUGGGUUAUUGUCAAAUCUUUCACUGGAAGGAUUGAGUCCUGACUGGAUCAGGCCUCUUCCACCAAGGCUCCCGAUACUUGAUGGGGAGCUAGUUUGGCUCAACCCUGAUGACAAUCAUGAACUUAUGUGGGACUAUGGUAUGUGCGUUGAUACUAGCAGAGGGGCUGCAGUAAGGGACUUAAUUGCAAAAGCUCUGAAGGGAGCCCUUGCGCCUGCACAGCAAGAGCAAGUCCUGGUGGAGCUGGCCAACGAUCCAAAGCUUGUAUAUCACUGUGGACUGACUCCAAGAAAGUUGCCAGAACUGGUGGAAAACAAUCCGCUUAUCGCAGUUGAUGUUCUCACUAAGUUGAUAAAUUCUCCCGAAAUAGCAGAAUACUUUACAGUACUUGUCAAUAUGGACAUGAGUCUACACUCAAUGGAAGUUGUGAACAGGCUUACAACAGCAGUUGAACUGCCUUCAGAAUUCAUUCACAUGUACAUAACUAAUUGUAUAUCAUCCUGUGUGAACAUCAAGGAUAAAUACAUGCAGAACCGACUUGUUAGACUUGUUUGUGUUUUUCUGCAAAGCCUAAUUCGGAACAACAUUAUUAAUGUUAAAGAUCUCUUCAUUGAAGUUCAAGCGUUUUGCAUAGAGUUUUCGAGGAUUAGAGAGGCCGCCGCGUUAUUUAGGCUUCUCAAGUCACUGGAAUGAUUGUUGUUUUUUAGCCUGUUAGUUUUCCCUCUCCCUUCAUGUUCUACCGUUCCAAAACUUUUUCUGUAGAUAUGUAACUAUCUAGAGCUAGGUAGCGUUGUGUACUCAUUUUCGAUAUAUGGACAAUAAAGGUUAUAGUUUGUUGUCAUAUAUACUCCAGUAUUCUCUUAUAGCUUUAGAGUUAUUUGCAUUUAAUUGAAAUGGGCUAUAUUGUGGAAUAUUCGAGGAAAGCAACUGCGGUUGUCCUUGUGUAA